AUGGAAGAUGUUGUCUGUUUUGCUCUACUUAUGCUAUUGCUUCGUUCAAAGAUUGAACAAAGUAGUAUGUUGCAUGUUAACAAAGGUCAACGUGCACCGACUGGUGACUAUGGAACAUUCUACGGAGUUUAUGUUGUGAUAUGUAUGAGCGCGAUACCAGCGACGACCAUAACGAUAUUCGUUUGUUUAACUUACAGAAAUCUGAAACAUGUGCCAACGCGAAUUCAACCGACGAGUCAAGAACCAACGGGUCGAUUAAAAUGA